CACUUGUAAAAGCCGUUAAAGACAACGUAGGCUCUGCCCAAUUUUUGGCCACAAAAACGACCAUUUUAAUCCCUCUGUUUCUUUACCACCCCGUUAGCUUUGCUUUCGAAUCUGCACUCUUUCGUGUUCGAGUUCGUUUAACCAGUUUCAAGUUUCAUCUCUUCUUAAAUGAGUAUCUAAAAAUUCUUCCUUUGAACCCUUGAGAAAAUCCAGCAUACAGCAGAGUCAACAGACUAGAACCAAGCAGAAGAAAAAUGUCGGGCAUAUCCCUAGCCGUUGCUCCUCGUUCUGAGCCUGAUGAAACCACCACUAUGGACACCAACCAAAAGCCCCUACAGCAUGGUCAGCAGCGGAGCCAGGUAGCAAUGGGAGGUACAAUGGGUUCACUCCGCGUGGUUGAACUCCAACUAGUGGCCUUCAUAAUGGUCUUCUCAGCCAGCGGGCUUGUCCCCCUCAUAGACCUAAUCUUUCCGGUCCUUGCCACAGCCUAUUUCAUCGCCCUAUCACGACUAGCCUUCCCGUCACAUGGUACCACCGCUAGAUCACCUGAAAUCUUCCGAGGAAGUGGACUCUUUCGCGCGUAUGUGGUGGUGGGAACGACAAUAGGGCUGUUUUUGCCACUUGCUUAUGUUUUGGGUGGAUUCGCUAGAGGCGAUGAUCAUGCGGUGCGAUCCGCGGCGCCCCACUUGUUCUUGCUUGCGUGUCAGAUUCUAAUCGAGAAUGUGAUCAGUGGGUUAGCGCUAUUUUCCCCUCCCGUGAGGGCGUUGGUUCCGCUGCUGUAUACUAUUAGGAGGAUCUUUGUUAUCAUUGAUUGGAUACAGGAUGUGUGGAUCAACAAAGCUUUGCCUGCCAAUGCCCCUUUCAAGGAUAUUGGAUGGUAUUGGUUUGGGAGAACUCUAGCAGUUGCCAAUCUGAUCUACUUUUCCAUCAAUCUCUUUGGUUUCUUGAUUCCUCAAUUCCUUCCAAAGGCGUUCGAGAUAUAUUUCCGGGAGAGGGACGAGAUACUUGCGAAAACUGCAGAGGACAAGCGUUCCGCAGCUGCAGAUAAUUCCCGGGUCACAGACAAGAAAUCUGAUUGAUUUUGUUUUCGUAGCACAUCGCAGGUACUUUGUGGUGUGUUUUUGUUUUCCGAAACCUAGUAAGCAGUUCUACGUGUAUGAAUUUUGUUGGGUUUUCUUCUUGUUAAGUUGGCCGUGUCGUUUGAAUUCAGAACUGUUAGUAUCAAUUUCCAGAGUGACCAUUUCUUCUCUAGUAGAUGAGCUUAAUCUUACUUGAGUUUAAGCUUAUUCCCUUAUAAUUGGAAAUUGGUUCUACUUUCACAUUC